GAAACAGAACUCGAACCGAACUGAGGGGGGCAAUGAAUGUAGCGCCUUGAUGUAGAAGCCAUGGAUGGCGUCGAGCAGGCGCAGCUUGAGAGAGAUGAUGUGCUCGCAGGGGGAGGCAUCGUAGUCCACCGCCACCGCUGUUGAUCCUGGGGUGCCAGCAGGAAUCGUCGGCGUGGAUGGUGAUCUUGGUAUGCCUUGGACGCCCCUUUCUCCUCCUUAGGCUCUACGGGCUCAGAUUGGAACUUCGAUUCAGCCGGAGCUGCAAAUGCAGCGGAAGAUGGAGGCUUGCAAUCCCUAAAUUUCUCGAUGUCCCCUCUUCUUAGUUCUUCCACAGUUACAGCAAUAAUCUAGUUAAGUUAACAGAAAGCACGAGUUGAAAACAAGCACACUGAGCAGCAAAACGAGGCCCCAAAUAGGAAAAAAAAAAGUCAGAUUCCUUCUUCCCCAAAGUGGAAAAAAAGGACGGAGCGUGCGCCAGCAGUUAAUGAGGACGAGUUUACUGCUCUUUUACUCCUCACCAUCUCCCCACCACCCCAGCUCCAAUGAGCACGGCCCUCACCAUCUCACCAUCUCCCUUUCGCCAGCAGCACACCAUCUCACCAUCUCCCUUUCGCCAGCAGCGCCUUCUCCCUUCUCCGUCGCCGACGACCCGUGGCGAAGCAGUUGUCGCCAAUAUGUACGACCCACGGCCUGGACUUGCUGCUAAUGGCAUACAGCCGAUUUUCCAAAGGUCAGUGGUCCAAAUACUAGGACAACGUAUACAAAGGUCAGUGGUCAGAGGGCAACCGGAUCAAGUAGUGACAAGGUUUUUUGGGAGCGGUUUUAUCAUCCACAAAAAGGUGCAAGAAAACAAAUUUUUAGUAAUAACAUGUAGGCAUGUUAUAGAGGACGUAAAUAAUGCUAACAAUGAUGAGCAUCUAAUGGUGAGACUUCCUGGUACACAUUUGGAUGCGCCUGCUUAUGCUCAUCAGUACCUUAAGAAACCUGAUGUACAAGUAAUAAGUGUGCAUGUGCCUCCACAAACGAUGAUAUCGGUCAAUCAGUUUCCUUGUGUGGUAUUUUCUCCUCAACCAGCAGCGGUUGGAACCCUUGUCACUUUGAUGGGAUAUUAUAAUCCUAUCAACCUUCCACUAUACUUAAAUAGGCAAGGACCAUUGUUAGCUAUUGAACCUUCAGCCUAUGGUGGAUAUAUUGUGGGUCCCCCAGACCAUACAGAACACGAUGGUAUUGUUGUUCAGCACAAUUGCUUUGGGAUCAGGGGUGCAUCGGGAGGUCCCCUUAUACGUUUUGACACUCACUGUGCUAUUGGUGUAUUUACCGGAACGACGUAUGGCAUUGGUGAGGCUGCUAGUACUGAAUGUGUGAGGCGGCUAUUGGGACGAUGGCUUGAAUCGAAUGGGGUUGGGAUCAAUGACACCGAUACAAUCCAGACAAGGCUUGACAAGUGUGCAGAAUUAAAUCUCUACUAGCUUUGCGGCAGUGGUUGAAACUGAAAUGAUGCUUGGUCGUUGUGUUGAGCAAAAAUUAAAUGAUACAACCUGGAGAAGAUAGCAAGCAAGAUAUGUGGUCGGUGCUAUACGAUCCUUGUGACCGUGGCUUGCAACGGAAAUCAUACUCUGCUUGUUUUGUAAUAAUAAUAUUAGGAUGAACCGCUUAAACUUGAAUUUGUGCGUUUGGCUCAACCGUUUGAGCUUUAUAAAGUCGUGCUGGCUGAACCUUGUAAUGUGCUGAAGCUAUCGUGAGUUUAUGUACUAGGACUAUAACGCAUUAGAACCUGUUGUGGUUAUUAUCUAUACUAGCACUACUGUAA